AAUCAUACGUCAAAGUCUACAAGCAUUUGUUCCGUUAUAAUUCAAUGGCGAUAUGACAGGCCGCGCUCAGUUUUAUUUUAGAAAACAAAAAUAGAAAAUGGAAGCUUUGGUAAUCAAAACGGAUCUCAACUCCAAUAAGGGUUCGGAUAAUGUCAAUGAUAUUCGCAAACACAUCAUAACCACUCAGGAGCAUAUACAUCGUUUCAAGGAACGUGUUUCUAAGUACAUCGAGGACAAUUAUGUCGAGUUUAUGCCCAACAAUUCGACCAUAUUCGAUUUGGAGGAGGGCAAACUCUUGGAAAAGGAAGCCUAUGAACUGCUCAACUCGUUGCAAUGUUCAGUGUCCCAUUUUGAUACAGAACUCUUAUCCACGGUACGUAAAUUUGAAUCGGUGGUAUGGGAUUUGGAUGUGAUCAAUCGUAUACUGGGCGCUGAUGAAAUCUUUCAAAUGUUGGAAGAGAUCAGUUCCAAUGAGUACAUGGUCAAACUGGACAUGUUGAAGAAAUUGAAUAAUCUGAUAAAUACGAGUGCUAGCAGUAAUGUCCAAAAGUUACUCGUGGCCAGUCCUUGCUAUGACACGAUCAAAGUUAAAUAUGUUCUACAGUUUUAUACGGUAAAAUCAAACCUGCACAACAAAUUUCAAGAGCUUGUUCAAUUUUCGGACAAACAAGUUGCUUUGAGUUGCUGUGCAACGAUACAGGUAUCCAAAGAUAUAAAUCAAUUGCAGGACACAGUGUUGGCUCUGUUCCAGGCUAAAUAUGAUGUGACGGAAUUAUGUGAUUUUCUGAUGGACAAAUGUUUGUCACCCAUUAUUACCAAACCUGUGAAUGUUUCGUUUUCGGAUGACAGUGACGAUUAUCAAAAGUUCCAAUUGUCCUACUCUGUUAACAACAACUCUGGUGGCUCCAAAUCAGAUUACAAGCAGGUCUUUGAAAAUAUAAAACUGUUGUUUCAUUGCAUGGACAAUUUGAAUAUAUCUGUUUCUGAGGAGCAGCAUGUAUUCAGCGUCAUUGGAGAACAUAUUUCCCAAAGAUUUCUCCAAAUGCUAAUCGAUGAAUGUCUCAUGGAUGCCAUACCCGAUACUUUGGACAACGAAUCCAAGCCAUCUAUAAUUGAAGAUAUUUUACAAUUUGAAAAAUAUCUUGCUGAAUUGUUUUUCAUCAAUCGUGAUGUCAGCAACCAACUAAGCAAAUUUACACACAACUUUAACACAUUGUAUCAGAAUCGUGUAUUUCGCCGUAUUAUGGAAACAGGAAGAGAAUUAAUGCAGAAAGACUUGCAGGAUAUAACGGUUAUGGCUGAGAAAAACACACCCGAAGAUGUGGCCAAUAAUCCUUUCUUGUUUCCACGGUGCAUGGUUUCAAAAAGCGUUUUGGAGUUUGUAAAACUCUUAAACCGCAUUCUCCGCCAAGAUAAUGAAUCCUCUUAUGAAGAGGGAAGAUUUUUCAACAUCAUAUCGAUUUUAAUCAAUUCCUAUGUAACUCUGGUUCCUCAAUACCACAAGGAACAUUUGGAAACUUUGCCCCAACAAUCAACGAUUUUCUACAAUAAUUGCAUGUUCCUUCAUCAUUUUUUGGCCAAGAAUUAUGGUAUACCUACUGUUUCGAAUAUGAUUAAGAACCUCUCGGCCACUGGAACCAAGUAUCUAAGACAGCAGAUCGAUAAACAAUUGAAUGUGCUGCAGAAUAUAUUGCAAACAAAUGAAGGUUAUAUAACACCAACAAUGGUCCAUGAAUGUUUGUCACAUUUGCGUUUGCUAGAGAGUCUGUGGCAGCCAGUGCUUCCCGUCAAGGAGUACAACAAAACCAUGGGAGAGCUAAUAAGUGUUUGUUCGCUCAUGUUGAACCAACAAGUAGUGGCCAAAGAAAUCAUUACACCAUCGGAGGCGAAGAUUAUGUUGGAAAUAUUUGAAUUGUUUCAAAAAGAGGCUGGUUCCUUGUUUAAGGUGGGUCAAGAGCUUAAAACGGUGGUAAGUUGGCAGCGUAUGUUGCUUUUAAAAGAAACGCUGAAAGCCUCCUUGACUGAAAUCAGUGAAAUGUGGUCCAUAGGUAAAUAUACAGAAUAUUUUAAGGCUGAUGAAAUUAUUGGCUUGAUAAGAAGCCUACAUCCCGAUACGGAAAGAAGAGCUUUGGCACUAAAAAGAAUUUAUUAAAUAAAUACCUAACCUAAGUUUGUAUAUAACACUUAACAUAAACUUAUAUCUAAGCAGUGCUUUCAGCAAUGGCUUGCAACAAUAAAGGCUUGAGUUGAUUUUGUAUCAGAGAA